AUGCAGUGGCACUCAUUGCCACUUCGACCGCAACCACGACGGCUCGACGCCCUCGAGCGUCUGCAUGAAGAGCCCAUGUUUCGAAAUCUACUCACACCGCUAACUUCAAAGUUUACAUUUCCUCUCAAUCCUCUCGAGAUCCAAGAGACGAUUGAAGAAGAGGCGCUUGUCUCGCCAGAAGACGUCGUGAGCGAUGCGCGCAAAGAGGAAAUGCGCGUCGUCCUCGAGGACAUUAAGAGCGUACCCAUCACAGACUUGCAUCGUCUCUUCCAAGCGACUGCAGAUGUACAUCGUAUCAUGGUCGAGGAACCUCGAACAAAGGAUGUUUUCCGUGAAAUGGACGGCUUCCUCGUCAUGGUCGGCAUCCUCUCCGCGCUCGCGUCUUCAGACGACACAGAGGACAAUGUGAACAAUGAAGAGCAACGAAUAGAGGUUAUUCGUCUUGCUUUUGCCAUCAUCUCAGAGGGAAUGCGUGAUCAUCGUGUGAACACUCUGUAUUUCGACAAACAAGUCGGGUAUGCACUUCUCAAACAAGCCAUUACUCCAUUCUUGGCCAAUCCGGAAACGGCAGCACAAACGAUUGGAUACACACUCGCGCUCGCACUCCAAAACUUUUCCAUCUCCAACCUGUUCCUCAGCUUUCGAGAAUCCCUGCCAUCAUUUGCCAAAAUUGAUUCACUCAUCGCGCAAAAUGAGCACAGGUUGGGUAAAGUGCGCCUAUCGCCCGUCGUGUUGCUCAUGAUGGAAUGCGUUGAAAUCUUGCCAGGCGACGAGUCUAUGCUGCCCUAUGCGACGCUCAAAAUGGUCGAACGCCUCGUGUCGCUCAGCCACCGCAAUCACUCUAUGCUCAACGAAGCGCGGUUGGUGGAACAUAUCUUCACCAAGCUCUAUGCGCGGGGUGUCAAUGUGGAGGACAUUGAUGAUGCGGAACGGGCGGUGCUCCAGCGUAUGUUGCGACGGUUGCUCGAGAUGGGCGCGUCGACGGCGGAAACGAGGAUGAUUUAUCAGAGAAUGGUCGACACAGAUCUCAAUAUUGAUAGUGAGAUUUUGGAGAUUCUUCGCUCGGCCAAACGGGCAAAGUUUCCUGAGUACUUUUCGUUUGAUGGCCCGGCGGCGUUGCAUCUCAACGAAGAUGGUGGAAAGACGUUUCCGUGUCCGAUGGAUUCACUUUUAUGGCCAAUUUGGCUCUACGUGGAGCGGUUCCCGAUAGACACGCCAAGUUUGAUCUUUGGAAUCAAACAUCCGAAUAAGUGGAUGUGCAAGCUGUCCAUUCGGCCUCAUGGAAAGCUCGAAAUCCUCUCGUCGAACAAACGAGAAGCCCAAGUGUUUGACAAGAUGGCCUUGACUCGCUCAAAAUGGACUCAUAUAACGCUAACAUGGUGGGUUGGACGAGGCAUCUCUCCCUCGAUACGACUGUUCUUUGACGGCAACUUUGUGGACUCCCUCGACGUUUCCUAUCCUCGUUUGGAAAAUUCGGCGUCUACCACGUAUUAUUUGGGAGAUGAUUCCAACAAUGCCCAAGCCAUCUGGUCAAUGGCCUCUGCCUAUCUCAUCUCUAUGCCCAUGGGCAACGAACUUCCACGCCUAUUCCAUCAUCUUGGCCCACGCUACUUUUCCAACUUUCAAGCCGCACCACUUGUCAGGUUCUUUACGGCAAAGGAUGGCACGGGUGUACAAGAAGAGUCGAUUCUCUUUGCGCUCACGCCGGCUGGGUACCAGGAGAGUGGAGGAGAGGAUGGGGAUGCAUACGUGAUCAACUCUGCACUGCGUCGGGAUCGUGUGCGAGAUAAUGCGCGAAUAGUUGGUGAUGUCGCUGUGGUCAAGCCUCAGUGUCUGGAUGUGUCGGUAUGGAAGAUUGGUGGAGCAGCUAUCCCGCUUCGAUUGGUCGAGAUGAGUCAGAAUUCUCAUGAUCUUGCCAAUUCGCUCUCGGUCUUGUUUGACAGUCUGAGGACGAGUUGGCAAAACUCAGAGGACAUGGAGAGGAUUCAUGGCUAUGAGACCUUGGGUCUAGCUUUGCGAUCCAAGAUUUCUUUGAUCGAUAUUUAUGUCUUUACGGUCGUAUUUGACUUUCUCGGCAUCGAUCUAAACCAUGCAGAGAAUGCGACGGUCACCAAUCCUCUAGCGUACUCUAUCCUCGCAUUGGAAUUCGACAUUUGGGCACGGGCCCCCAAAGAGGUUCAAAAGGCGCAUUUGAGCCACUUUACUGCUCUCUUGCAGACGAGCAAAUUUCGCCGGUUCAACCUCAAGCAACGACUAUCCAAAUUCAAUAUUCCACGAAAGCUGCUCUACGUGCUUCAGGGCGACUUGUAUUCCAACGACAUGAUCCCUCAGCUUGUGCAGACUGUGGGUGUCUAUCUCAGACACCAUUUCGUAGCAGACGUCUCGAUCAAGCCUGUCGUCAGCUACCUAGCCGCCAAUCUACAUGAUGAUGUUUCUGGUGUUCUGACGCCACGAUCCAUUGUCACCAAAGCAGACCACGGUGCUCGACGGGAACGAGCUGAGCAAGUCUACGAGAUUCUCGUCCAAAGUCUCUCGAAUCCAACCUUGCUUUCCAAGUUUACGCUUUCGCUCCCGCUCUCCCGCGUCCUCUUGCUGCUACUGGGCGAGCACCCAUCGCCCAUAGUGGCUUCCCAAACUCUCACUCUCCUCGGCUUGGUUCUGAGUGCAUCUCCCAGCUUUAAUCGCAAGUUUGAGCUAGUCAGCGGAUGGAGUGCUCUCAAAGUCAUUUUGCCUCCUGCUUGGGAUCCCAGUGUGCACGUCGCGGCGUUUGACCUUCUUUUGGGACGGACGUUUGUGUCAGGCAAUGUCCAGGCAGAGUCCUCUUCAAAGAUUGUUUGCCCAUAUAUUCUUCCUGCCAUCCUUACUUCUUUGGCAUAUGGAUUGGAGAAAGUCACCGCGGGAGCUUUGCUUCCGCCUGCCACGCCGAGUCAUGGUGUGACAUCGCACGGUGCCGUGUUCUCGCACGAGAGCUAUAGCGUGACUUCGGCCAUGGAAGUUUUGGUGGAGGAGCUGAUCGAUUUGCAUUCUUCCAUUUCUGGGUUCCGGCAAUUGUUCAAGUCAAAGUCGACCACGACAAUCUUGAUCAACGCGUGCCAGUCGUUUGUGGCACGGCUCUACGAGUUUCCGCAUGCUCGGCAAAGGGCAGAGAGACUAUUGAACAAAGUCAUCACGCUCGUGACAAUCUUGGCUUACGAUACGUCUGUGGAAAGCCAACAAAAGGAGCAGCUUCUUGCGAUCCCAAGGCUCGUCGAGUAUAGCAAGCAGAAGAGCUCUGGCGAAGCUGAUGGUCCGAAACUUGCGGUAGACCCAGCCAUGAUUCCGUUGCCCAGCAGCCCGCAACUCUUUUCAACGUCCACGUUCAAGCAUCUUCUUCAGGCCGGAGGAGGCGAGCGCAUGUUGCAGAAGAGCCUCAUUCGAAUCGCAGAGUGGCGCAAGAAGACGAUUGCGACUGAGAAGAAGCGACGAGGGAAGAUGAUCCAGGACCAGAAAGAGUUUCAACGACAAGCGGAAAGACAUACGGAAUGGCGAACCCUUUUGCACUCCGAAUAUGGCAUCUGGCCUCGACCGACGGACAGAUACAUGUGGAGGUUGGAUGAUACAGAGGGUCCCUUCCGAGUCAGGAAGAAGCUCGAGUUAGAACACGUCAAGGUCCCGCUCCAUGCUCGGAUACAGGAGUCUGAUUCGCGAGAGGUUCGCGAGGGGGAGGACGAGGCGCAGGAGACGGUCCAGGUGGAGGUUCCUCCAUGGGAAGAGUCUUAUGAGUUUGCUGCCACAGAGGUCGAGGAAGAACAACAAUGGGACGAAGACAUGAAGGACGACAAACAUCGGCGAGUUCGUCAUGAACUCGAGCCUGGAGAUGUGAUACAAGACGUUCGCAACGUCACGCGUGUCACGGGUGUAGAUGCCUCUCCUGGCUUACUUAUUCUCGGAAAGACGCAUCUUUACAUGCUCGAUGGGCUUCUAGUCCAAGAGGAUGGGGAGAUUAUCGAGGCUCAGGAUGCGCCCAAGGAUAUUUUGCUUGUUCCUGGAACAAUUGUCGAGCUCGAUGGUCCACAACCAGCGCAAAGAUGGCUUUUGGAACGCAUCGCCACAUUCAGCAAGCGUACAUUCCUCUUCCGCGAUGUCGCCUUGGAAAUUUAUAUGAAGGACAGUAGAAGCAUUUUUGUCGUUUUCCCAACGCAAAAAGACAGACAGGAGAUCAACGACAAGUUCAGUUUCCUGAUGAACAUGCGGGCCGCUUCGGAUGCUGCAACAUCACCGGCUGGUCCAAUGUUACGCAGCCCCUUCCUAAGCCGCGUUACGGCACGCGUGUUUACUGGCGCUCGGGACGAUAUCGCCAGUGCGCGAAGUCGCUGGCAAACGCGAGAGAUUAGCAACUUUGCAUAUCUCAGCAUCCUCAAUCAGGCCUCCGGUCGAACACGCUGUGACGUGACGCAGUAUCCUGUAUUUCCAUGGGUACUGCAAGACUAUACGUCGGAAGAGCUGGAUCUUACCAAGCCAGAAACAUUCCGCAACCUAUCGCGGCCAAUGGGAGCGUUGACGCCCGCAAGAGAAGAAGCAGCUCAGACACGAUACACCAAUCUGGAGUCGGUAAACGAACCACCCUUCCAUUAUGGUACCCAUUUCUCCAGCUCCAUGAUUGUCUGCCACUUCCUUAUUCGCCUUUCGCCGUUCACCCACAUGUUCAAGACACUCCAAGGUGGCGACUGGGAUCUCCCGGACCGAUUAUUCACGGACAUUAAACGGGCUUGGGAUUCCGCCUCUCAAGAUAGUCGAGGUGACGUCCGUGAGUUGAUCCCAGAGUUUUAUACUCUUCCUGAAUUCCUCUCCAACACUGCUGGCUUGGACUUUGGCAGGCAAACAAGUAGUGGAGAAAAGAUCAACGACGUCAAGCUGCCAGCUUGGGCGAAGAAUGACCCACUGCUCUUCAUCACCCUUCACCGUCAAGCCCUCGAGAGUGACUAUGUCAGUCGUAAUCUCCCAGCAUGGAUCGAUUUAAUAUGGGGAUGCAAACAAAAGGACCCCAGCUCCUUCAACGUCUUUCAUCCACUCAGCUAUGAAGGUGCUAUUGACCUUGACGCCAUCUCUGACCCCCUCGAACGGGAGGCGACAGUAGGGAUCAUCCACAAUUUUGGCCAAACGCCGCGAAAGCUCUUCACGCAUCCCCAUCCACAGCGAAUCAUGGAUGGGCGGACGUCUUUGCCCCUUGGAACACUGUUCGGAGUUCCGGAAGACGCAAAGAUGCUUAGUCAAGGAGCAAAGCCUCUUCGACAGACGCUCAACGCGCCUGUGACUCAACUCGUCUAUGACGCUAUGAGCGAAAAGAUUCUCCCAUGUUCGAGCCAAAUGCUCCACGUCCCUUUGUUUUCACACGAGACGGUACAUUGGGGAUCCGCGGAUCAGAGCAUCCGAUUACACAUUGACAAGAAACUGGUUCAAGUAGCAGAAGGUGCUAACUGCAUCUGCGCCGCUUUUGCGGACAGCGAAUCACUGAUAACCGGAAUGGAGGAUUCGACCAUCGGAAUUUGGAAGCUUACCCGUGUUCCUGGACAUAUCGCUCGAGUCAACACGGUUGCUGCAUCGAGAGCGUGGAGUCUUGUCGCUAGUGGCUCUGAUGAUAAUACGGUCAUCCUCUGGGAUCUGAAUCGUGCCCAUUAUGUUCGAACCUUGCAGCACGAUACAAGCGUGCAAUUGGUUGCCAUUCACGAGGCAUCAGGAAUGAUUGCGUCUUCAUCCAAGACCUCUCUGGUGCUUCAUACGAUCAACGGACAUCACAUUACGACCUUGAACAUGUUUUCUCAAGACCCAGUCUUCUCACUUGCAUUCCAUGAACGAGAAUGGUCUAAGACUGGCGUCCUUGCAACUGGUUCUCGAGGAACGGUUACUCUUCGAUCAUGGAACGUAGAGGAUUCUCCUCCAGGGGAAACUGCACGGUGGAAAUGGACUACGCUUCACGAAUACAAAUGCCGGAAAGUGGAUAAUGGAGAUCCUCCGACUGUCACAUCACUUAAGUUUGUCGGUGAAUCCUUGUACUCUGGUGACGAUACUGGCAAGCAAUGGAGGCUGGGAAACCUCGACGAGAAUCCAGAACAAGAGACUGAUCCUACACAUUUUCUCUCACUCCCUUUGGGUCAUCAUGAAGCUCUCAAGACACGAGUCAGCGCUUUCACGAAUGCUCUCUUGGCCGCGGACCCUCCUAUUGUUGGCCUUGAAGAGUCGGUCAUUAUCGAACCAGCACGUUUGCAUAUCACUCUGGGAGUCAUGCAUCUCGACAAGUCUUCUUCACGACCCCCUUCUCCGACGCUAGCGUCUUCGUCGAGACAAGAGAGUGGGGAAACUUCCUCAACGAAGACGGUCGCGGACGCCUUGUCUCUCCUCGAAAGAAUCAGACCAAUGGUUUUGGAUGCACUUUCAGAAGGAGCUGAAUCGCGAAAUGGGACAUUGCGAGUGCCACUGGAUACUAUUGGGGUGCUUCAAACCGACAAGAAGCAGACAGCACACGUACUUUGGAUUGGACCAAGGUACUCACCAACACCUAGGAAGCUUGAUAUCAUUGCAAAAUUAGUGAACAACACGUUCAGAGAGGAAGGAUUUAUUACAGAGACGAGGCCUCUGAAGCUACAUUGCACUGUCAUUAACACCUCAAAGCGGAAGGGUAAGGGCAGGAAACGUAUCGCAUUCUCUCGAACAGGUAUCUGGGAGUCUGAGGCGUACAAGGAUAUCACCCUAUCCCAGUCAAACCCAAUGUCAGAUUCCGGCAGCAACGCCCAUGCAGAAACGGUAGUGGAUUUUGGAACAUGGGACGUAGAGGAGAUACAACUCUGCGAAAUGGGUUCUCGUGACCUCCUUACAGGCGCAUAUGUUUCCGUAGGUGGAAUAAGGAUAUAA